UUAGCAUGUCAGUUUUACAACAUGGGCUCUUAUAGAAAACAGUACAAAAUCUGACAAAAUAUUGCCGUAAAUUUUGUUCCAUCUCACAAACUGUCUACAGUAGAUUUAAUGUUUCAUCGUAGUAGAUUUACAAUAAAAAGCAAGAGGUUUUAACCCUGAACCUUCACAAAGGUAAGUAAGUUUUCUUCAGAUGUUUCUUCAGUAGUUGCAGAACCACUACAGACUACGAGGAAGAGAGAAUGGUAAAUUUCCAUUUGCAUGAUAACUUCCUCCACCACUGUCAAUUAUAACCUGAGAACAAAGAAGUGCUACGUGUCACUGCAUAUACAUAAAUGUGUUUUUCUCAGCUGUGUAGCUAGUCUAAAUUCUUCUGAGUGUAGUAUAUGUAGAAUUUGUACAGUGUAGUACCAUGUAUAUUUAAUGUUUACGACACUUGUGGUGAUGAUGGAUGAAACUUCUACUUUACAAGAAGAAAAGAGGAAAUGUGGACAUGUGGCCAUGGAUUCAGACUCCCGGCUGCUCAACUUGAGGUCUUAUGAUGAAACUAUACAUCCUCUUAAGGAUGCGCAACUAGAGGAGACAUCAUUUGAUACAGCUGCAGGUGUCAGUGCCUCUUGUCUCACUACAGCAGAGCUUCAGCAACAUUGGAGGGCAGUGAAACAAGAGAUUAGGUCUGUCAAACUGCUGUUUCAAAUCCCAUCCACCCGUACUAUAGCACACACAAUCUCCAGAUAUGUGGUGUAUCAGAUAAUAGUGAUCAGAUCAGGCAGUUAUGAUUGUAAACAGGUGGCCAUUGAGCGUCGCUACUCUGAUUUCCUCCACCUACACAAUGAGCUGCUUCAGGACUUCAGUGAGGAACUUGAGGAUGUCAUCUUGCCCAAGAAGAGGCUGAUGGGCAAUUUCUCAGAAGAGAACAUCAAUGAACGGCGUGUGACUCUCUGUGACUACCUGACCCAGCUGUACUCUCUGCGCUACAUCCGCCGCUCACCUGCUUUUAUAGCAUUCUUCACUCACCCUGAGCUGAAGACUGCCUAUGAUCUGUUACGUGGAGGCCGGUAUUCUCACGCCCUGGAGGUCCUGCAGAACGCACUAGUGCUCCAGGAGAAAUUGUGUUCUCAUGAUUCGUCCCUGCUCGUGCCAACACUGUGUGCACUGUUUGUUUGUCAGAGGGACCUGGAGGAUUUCCAUGGAGCUUUCCAGACUGGAAACAGGGCGCUGCCAGCAGUGAGGCGCUAUGGACUGUGCAGAUAUCGGAGCCCACUGCUGGAGGCCAUGGUGGAUAUAGGCUAUAAGUUACAGAACCCUGUGGCUCAGUUACAAGAGGAGCUGAUCAGAAUUCAAAACUCACCACAUGGACCAGAGCCACUGAUGUCAAUAAAACAGCUUGUGGUGCAAGAGUUUACAUGAACGCAUAUUUCAUAAAUGCUCCACCCCCCCCCCCCCCCCCCCCUAAAAAAAAAGAAUAAAACUUUGUUAAAAUGUCUUCAGGAUACUUAACUUGUGUAGUACUGAACCAGUGUGUAAUGUCACCCUGUGAUUAUUAUGUGUACAUGUUUGAUGAUGUAUGUAGGAAGUGAAAAGGUUUUUUUAAUAAGGUGUUAUACCAGCAGUUGUGUUUUCCAUUCACUGAAGUACACAAGUCAACAGUCAUUAUUACAAUAUGAGUGUAUUAUUAUUAUUAUUAUUAUUAUUAUUAUUAUUAUUAUUAUUAUUAUAUGAUCAUAGAUUUAGUCUAAUCCUAGACUAAAAUGGAUUACGGUCAUGUCAUUGUAGAAAGAGGUACAUUAUAAACAUUUCAUUAUUCUUAUAACCUAAUGUACACCAUGGGACUAAUCUCCAUAGUUCACCUUUUCCUGGUGUAAUUUCUUGACCUAAUAUAAAUCUAAUCUUUCUCAAUAUAUCUAGCUAUAACCAAUUCUUUUUUAAAUACCAAAAUAAAAUUAAAAAAGCGUUCACAUUUACAUUUACCUUUAAGACAUAUGGCCUUAUCCAAACUAUUGCUGGAAAUUUCAUAAGUGCCA